UCGGAAUAUCAAAAUGCAAAUCGGUCGGUUCAUUUUACAAAGAAAAAAAGUUCAUAUAAAUACUGACACUCCCCAUGAACUCAUGGGCUAUAUCCAUCCACCAUCUUUUACACUACACGUACUGAGGAAGAACGAAGAAUCGAAUCGAUUCUUACAAAGGGAGAUCGAGCUCUGAAGUGUAAAAAUGGAGUGCCGGAGUUACUGCACUGGAGCGGCAGUGGCGGUGUUUGUUUUAGCGUUCUCAUUGGUAAUGCUGGAAAGUACUGUUUCAGCCACUUCUAGAAUGACGGAGAUCAUCGCCACCGACGGUGAUUUGCUGAGGCGGAAUCUGCUUGCUAAUGGCCUUGGAGUUACUCCUCCGAUGGGAUGGAAUAGUUGGAAUCACUUUGCAUGUAAUAUCAACGAGAAAAUGAUUAGAGAAACCGCUGAUGCUCUGGUUUCCACUGGACUUUCGAAGCUUGGAUAUGAAUACGUCAAUAUCGAUGAUUGCUGGGCUGAGAUAGCUCGUGAUGAUAAGGGUAAUCUGGUGCCGAAGAAUUCAACAUUUCCAUCUGGUAUGAAGGCUCUUGCAGAUUAUGUUCACGCAAAGGGUCUUAAAAUUGGAAUUUAUUCAGAUGCUGGGUAUUUUACUUGCAGCAAAACCAUGCCCGGCUCUCUUGGCCAUGAGGAGCAAGACGCCAAAACUUUUGCUGCAUGGGGGAUUGACUAUUUGAAGUAUGAUAAUUGCAACAAUGGUAACAUUAAGCCAACUAUUAGAUAUCCAGUAAUGACUCGGGCACUGAUGAAGGCUGGGCGUCCGAUCUUCUUAUCUCUUUGUGAAUGGGGAGACCUGCACCCUGCUUUGUGGGGCGACAAGUUAGGAAACAGCUGGAGAACUACUAACGACAUCAAUGAUUCAUGGGAGAGUAUGAUAUCUAGAGCAGACCUCAAUGAAAUAUAUGCUGAUUACGCAAGACCCGGUGGCUGGAAUGAUCCUGACAUGCUGGAGGUUGGUAAUGGAGGGAUGACUAAAGAUGAGUAUAUCGUUCACUUUAGUCUUUGGGCCAUAUCCAAGGCACCCCUUCUUCUUGGUUGUGAUUUGAGGAAUCUAACAAAAGAAACAAAGGAAAUCAUUACGAACACAGAAGUCAUUGCAGUUAACCAAGAUCCCCUGGGCGUCCAGGCCAAGAAAGUCAGAAGUGAAGGUGAUUUAGAGGUUUGGGCAGGGCCUCUUUCUGGCUACCGAGUAGCGGUUGUGUUGCUGAAUCGAGGGCCAUGGCGUAAUGCAAUCACCGCGCAAUGGGAUGACAUUGGUAUCCCUCCAAACAGUAAUGUUGAAGCAAGAGAUCUUUGGGAGCGUACUACUUUGAAAACUACUUUUGUGGCAAAUUUGACAGCUACUGUGGAUUCUCAUGCCUGCAAACUAUAUAUUUUGAAGCCAAUUUCUUGAUGUUAGAGAUAUUGAAUUCCACAUUUGGACAUGGUUUGUCAAGGAAAUAAGGUUUUUGUGAACAUUUUUGUUCUGAUUUAUUUAUGGAACAUUUUUGUUCGCUGCUUUAAUUUCUUUUGAAGCUCUCCAAGUUUGAGGAAAAUGAAAUAAAAUGUCUGCAUUAAUUAGGCUUCAA